AUAGGAAGGUAUAGAACCAUUUGUGUUGUAGCAAUUGACACCACUUUUAUUUCACUUUAAAGCACAUUUAAAAUUCAUUAAGGCUUUUUCUACGGGCAGCUUUAACCGCGGCCCGAGUGUUUUGGCGUCGACUAGCCAUGGCGGAGAUGAAGGACUGGGAGGAAUGUUAUCUAGCAAAGGGUAUGGUUCUCUGGAAGAUUAUUGUACAUUAGAGAACAAACAUUUCAGGCAAAGGUCACUGUCUCUCAAACGUGGAUGAUUCAGCAGGAGAAGCCACAGGUGGCUGGCACCAUGCCGGUCGUGUGGCCUACUCUUCUUGACCUCAGCAGAGACGAAUGUAAAAGAAUCCUACGCAAGCUCGAGCUGGAGGCGUACGCGGGUGUGAUCAGUGCCCUUCGUGCCCAGGGCGAUCUGACCAAGGACAAGAAAGAUCUCCUUGGGGAGCUUACCAAAGUACUCAGCAUCUCAACUGAGCGUCAUCGGGCAGAGGUGCGGCGGGCGGUCAAUGAUGAGCGUCUGACUACCAUUGCGUACCACAUGUCGGGGCCAAACAGCUCCUCUGAGUGGUCUAUCGAGGGGCGUAGGCUGGUCCCUCUGAUGCCCAGGCUGGUGCCUCAGACGGCAUUCACUGUGACUGCCAAUGCUGUGGCCAACACCACAGCCCACCAGAAUGCCUCGCUGCUGCUGCCCACAGAGACCGGCAACAAGGAAGUGGUGGUGUGUUACUCAUACACCAGCACUACUGCCACGCCCCCCAGUGUCUCUGCUCCCAGCGGCAGCAUGGCAGCUGCCGUCAAAUCACCCCGGCCUGCAAGCCCCGCCUCCAACGUGGUGGUGCUGCCCAGUGGGAGUACUGUCUAUGUUAAGAGCGUGAGUUGUUCCGACGAGGACGAAAAGCCUCGUAAGCGCCGGCGCACGAACUCCUCUGGCUCCUCCCCUGUGCUGCUGAAGGAGGUGCCUAAAGUGGCGCCGCCUGUAUCUAAGACGAUCACGGUGCCGGUGAGCGGCAGCCCGAAGAUGAGCAACCUGAUGCAGAGCAUCGCCAACUCCCUGCCCGCCCACAUGUCCCCGGUGAAGAUCACCUUCACCAAGCCCACCACGCAGACCACCAACACCACCACCCAGAAGGUGAUUAUUGUCACGACGUCGCCAAGCUCCAACUUUGUGCCGAACAUUCUCUCAAAGUCGCACAACUAUGCAGCCAUGUCGAAGCUGGUGUCCAGCUCAGCGCUGACGUCAUCUAGCCAGAAGCAGACCAUGGUGAUUUCGGCCGGUGCUAGCGCUGCCCCGGGACCCAGCCCUGUGGCUGUGACCACUGUAGUGUCCUCCACCCCUGCUGUGGUGAUGUCCACAAUGGCUCAAACUGGAUCCUCAGCUGGAUCCUCUGCAGCGGUGAAGGUGGCCACAGCAAGGCUGCCCUCUCCCAAGGCUCUGGUCGGCUCUCCCUCCCAGAUCCUGCAGUUCCCCAAACAGCAGCAGCAACAGUCACCCAAAGGGCUGCAGGGCUCGUCUCUCUCCUCCUCACCCCAGAGCACCGCCACACCCUCAGGUUCCAAACCCACCAUCCAGAUCAAGCAGGAGUCAGGAGUGAAGAUCAUCACACAGCAAAUGCAGCCCAGUAAGAUCUUGCCAAAGCCCUCCAGUGCAGCUGUCCCCAGCAGCAGCUCUGCCCCCAUCAUGGUGGUCAGCAGCAACGGGGCCAUUAUGACCACUAAACUAGUCUCCGCCCCUACAGGGACCCCGGCCACCUACACCCGGCCCUCGGUCAGCCCCACCAUCGGAGCACGGGUGGCCACGUCACCUGCCGGGGCGACUUACGUCAAAACAACCAGCGGCAGCAUCAUCACGGUGGUGCCGAAGUCUUUGGCCACGCUUGGGGGCAAGAUCACCAACAUCGUCUCUGGCACCACCACAAAGAUCACCACCAUUCCCAUGACUUCCAAACCCAAUGUCAUCGUGGUGCAGAAAACCACGGGGAAAGGGGCCACUAUCCAGGGCCUGCCUGGGAAGAAUGUGGUCACCACGCUGUUGAACGCUGGGGGAGAGAAGGCUCUGCAGGGAGUACCGGGAGCCAAACCCGCCAUCAUUGCAGCAUCACGACCCAUCACCAAGAUGAUCGUGACUCAGCCAAAGGGGCUGGGCGCAGCAGUGCAGGCCUCCAGCACCACCAAGAUCAUCCCCACAAAGAUCGUCUAUGGGCAGCAGGGCAAAACCCAGGUGCUGAUCAAACCAAAGCCAAUGGCCUUCCAGGCAGCCGUGGUGAGUGAGCAGGCGAGGCAGCUGGUCAGUGAGACGCUACAGCAGGUGUCCCGCGCUGCUGAUGCUGGCGUAAUGGCAGGCUGUGGCCAGGAGAGGAUGCUGAAGGACGAUUCACCCUCAUACAUGGAAAGCAGCCCAGUGUCUUCAGACAGUACACAUGACACCCAGGCUGUAGUGCAUGUCAUAACCUCCAGGGGUCAGGAUUGGGCCGAGCAAGAGGUCGCCGUGGAAACGAAUCCCACCAUCAUCUACCAGGACGUGGGCGGAGAGGCCCAGUCUGCCACAUCCACCAUAAAAGCGCUGCUGGAGCUGCAGCAGACCACAGCUAAGGAGAAGGGUGAGACCAAGCCCCGGCAACACACCAUCGACCUCAGCCAGAUGGCAGUGCCCCUCCAGAUGCCUCCAGAGAGGAGGCAGUCUCCCGAGCCCUCGGGCCAGGCAGCAGGCCAACCUGAUGCCCCGGCCGAGAGCACCACUGUCGGUAAACCCGUGAAGGCUGUAGCAGGAGGUGAGACAUCCGUGUCCUGCAGUCAGUCAUCUCCUCUCUCCUCCACAGUGAAAAGCUCCAGCUGUGCCACACCCUCCACAUGCACAACCACCCUGAGCACACCGGCCGAUGUGUCUCUUGAGCAGGGCAGGCCUCUGGAGGAGCAGGUGGUAGUGGAAGAGGGUGAUUUGGAGGGAGACACAUUGGACCCUCAGACGGGACUCUUCUACAGGUCCGCUCAGGCCACGCCGCAGCCUGCCCCUCCCUCUCUCCAACAACACCGCACCCCUCCAAAUACACUUGGCAAAGCUUCUGUCCCAGCCACGCCCACUAAGCCCACCCCCAGCCAGUCUGAAGCACUGCCGGCCUCCAAGAAAGUAGAACAGCCCCACCCCAGGCCCCCAGCUCCGGCGGCCUCGGGGAGGGCAGACAAGCCGUCGCCCUCUCCCUCGGCCUCGGCAGGAGCUGUAGCUCAGCCAGCUCUGCAAGCCGUCGCCGCCAAGCCUCCACACACCCCACAGCUGCCCAAACUACAGCAGGCUCCAAGCUCCCAUCACCGGCCCAACACGCACACACAGCUCUCCCAACCACCACCACUGCAGGCCCACCAUCCCGUGGGCUCCGACAAGACGGCCAGCAGCAGCAGCCAGGUGCAACAGCCGAUUAUCACACAGGGCGCCACCGUGACCAAGAUCACGUUCGGUGGCCACCAGUGCCCGCCCACGUCCAGCAGCGGGGAAGCUGCAGCCAAGCUGCAGGCGGAGUCCAGCUCGGGGCUGGGCGUGUCUGAGAAACCUGUCUCCGACAUCCUCAAGAUCUCCAUGAUGGAGGCGGAGAUCGACCCGGGUGCCGAAGCCAUGGUGGUGGACUCAUCCAGCGACCGCGGUUCCUUCAGCAAGUCGGCCUCCACCUCGCCCCACAUCAGCAGCUCCAAACACAGCACCUACAGCCGAAUCCAGAAGGGUAAAGACCUGGACGUGAUACAGGUAAUCCCCCAGUACUCCAUUAUGCCCGACUCCAGCCAGUCAAACGUGGUGGUCGAGCCCAGUGGCUUCCUGGAGAUCACAGACUACACCAGCCAGCGGCUGGACGAGGAAGCCGCCAUGGACCAGGAUGUGGACAGCAGCAACGAUGAGGGGGUGGCAGCCAGCCCGGCGGAGGCCUGCGCCGACCAAUCGCAGUGAGCACAAGGGUCGCAGCUGAUGCUUCCAGGCCUACCGCAGGAGUGUGCAGUACGUUGACCCUGAGGAGGCGGUGGGAGCUUCCUAAACGGCAACUGGAGACAUCUGUCUGUGGGAGUGCGCAUGGAGGGUGGACCCAGGAACUGUGGGUGGCGGCCCCCUGUGUUGUAGCAGUACUGAAAAGUAGAAGCGUGGGGGACACUUCGGUAUUUUACAGCUGACGCAGACAUGGUGUCUGCUCUCAACCUCCUCUCCUCAGCACAUUUCGCUGUCUUGGUUUUCCUCACAACAGGACAAGGCCAUGCUCCGAAAUGAGGAUGUUUUUGUUUUCUGAAAUUCCAAAAACAGUUUGGUUUGGUUAGAUUUACACAAUGUUCUACCAGGGUGUCGGCGGCUGGAGUACGUUGGGGUGCCCCUUAGCUUGUGGGGAUGUCCUGUGUAGAAAAGCCUAGGUUCGUGGUUUACAAGCAAACCACAGAAUUAGAAUCUUGAUUGUGGCAUUCUGUUUCUUUGGUUAGCACAUCAUUUUAUGCUGUUUCUCCUGGAAGUGGGUCUCAGUUGUGUACAGGAUAAUGUAAAUAAUGUUAUCAUGGUUACGCUGAUAGUUCUAGAAGAUUCCCAUCCUGACAAUGCACUUGCAAAGUGAUGUUUUACCCAAUUUGCUAAAGCAAACACGUCCACACCCCUUAAUCCAGUGUGUUCUGAUUUAUUGUCUUUCUUGACAUAAAGGUUAGCAUUUUAUUUGUAUAAACUUUACUACAAGAUGCUCACAGAAA